AUGGACUCUAAAGGCAAAGUUAAAAAUAGGUCAGUUAACUUUACCCCAAUGGAAGAAACCCUCCUAGCCUAUUUUGUAAAAAAACAUAAAGGCAUUUUGGAAAACAAAAAAACCGAUGCCGUCACGAAUGCAGAUAAAAAUAAGUGUUGGGUCAUGCUGGAAAAAGAAUUCAACGCUGAAAGUGGUGCCUCAUACAGAAGUGCCCAAAUUUUGAAAAAGAAAUAUGAGAAUAUGAAGAAACAAACAAAAAAGAAAAUAAGUGAAGAGAAAUGCUACAGAUUUGGAACUGGUGGUGGCCCUUUUCAAGAGUUUACUCUGACGGAAGCCGACCAAACUGUAAUAGAAAUUUUGGGGGAAACAAGGGUGCAUGGUUUGGCCACCCAAUUUGGAGGCGAUGCAGUAGAAAACCCAAGAGUACCCCCUCAAAUGCAGCUUAUAUUUUUUCAGAACCAAAAAAAAAUAAAAACAAAGCCAAACUCAAGCAAUGUACACACUCCUCCUUCACCAACCCAGAAUUUGGAGACACAUAACAAUGAAGAAGACAUAGAAGCCAUACUUAUUUACACUGAGGAAACCGAGGAAGCAACGCAAAAUGACACUGAUCGAAAUAAUGAAAUAGAAUAUGUUGAAGACAAUGGUCAACAUGAAGAAAUUAUCACUGAAGAAAAUUUACAGGAAACAGUUGUAGAUAUACAUGAGGCUCCAGUAGAAACCUGGUCAAAAUAUAAUCCUACUUUAUUGAAAACACCAAAGUCAAAAGCUCUCAAACCAUCAACAAAAACCGGCCAAAACGUGGACAACAUGAUUUCGAAAAAAAUAAGUCAGUGGGCAACCGUGAAGUCUUCUCUAGAAGAGGAAAAACGAAGAUAUUUGGAGGAAGAACAUGAGACCAAAAUUACACUCAUGAAAGCCCUUCAUGAUGAAGAAUUGAAUAUAAUGAAAAGGGAAUCCCAAAUAAGAAUACUUAGAAGUGAGGAGGAAAAGAAAAUCAUUAUUGAAGGCUUAAAAGAAGAGCAAAAACAGAAAAAAGAGAUAUUUGAGCUACAGAAGCUUAAACUGCUCAAAGAAAUGAGAAAGUGA